AUGGUUACCGGUAGUCAAAUAGGAUCUGGAGUUUUCAUGUUGCCUGCAACUUUGGCACCGUAUGGUCUGUAUGGUUUAGGUGGCUGGUUAAUUUCCGGCUUAGGUGCUAUCAUGCUUGCACUCGUUUUUGCUCAAUUAUGUUCAUGGUUUCCUAAAACCGGAGGGCCCCAUGUGUAUGUUAAAGAAGCCUUUGGUUUGCCCGCUUCGUUUUUUACCGGUUGGACUUAUUGGAUUAUAUCAUGGGUAAGUACUACAGUUGUUGUUAUAGGAAGUAUUGGUUAUUUGUUGCCCUUAUUGGGAGUUACUUCCACCUACCUUAAAUUGAUGUUAGAGAUUCUAUUGCUUAUAAGUAUCACUGCUUUAAAUUUUAGAGGGGUAACUGCAGCAGGUCAUGUAGAAUUUAUAUUGACCGCUCUUAAAAUAAUUCCACUUCUUAUUGUUCCCCUCAUUGCGCUUUUUUAUUUUGAUAUACAUAAUUUUGUUCUUAAUGAAGCAGUCUCUACUCUUACGACUUCCCAAUUGUUAAGUCGUGUUACUUUGCUAACCUUAUGGGGCUUCAUUGGUUUGGAAUCUGCAACUACUCCUGCUGAUGCCGUUGAGAAUCCGUCGGUAACGAUACCAAAAGCUGUGGUAAUAGGAACUAUAUCGGUAGCAGUUCUUUAUUUAAUGAAUAGUAUAGGCAUUAUGGGAGUUAUACCUGGUAAUGAAUUAAUGCAUUCGAUAGCACCUUAUGCUGCCGCAGUCCGUUUUAUGUUUGGUGGGAGCUGGCACAUACUGUUAUCGCUUAUUGCAUCCAUAAUUUGUAUAGGUACCUUAAAUGCCUGGGUUAUGGCAAGUGGUCAAAUAGCAUUAGGACUUGCACAAGAUAAACUCUUGCCUCGGUAUUUUGGACUCAAAAAUAAGUUCGAUGCGCCAACCACUGUCGAUAGAAAAGAACGAGUGCAGAUACCUGACGAGGCUUGUAGAAAUCUUCUAUCACAUCGAGAAGCAUUUUAUUAUAAUUGUUUUUUAUGA